CCAUAAAUAGGACCAUAGAUAAUGUAAGCAAAUUUGAAGAAUAACAUAACCUACAUUUUGUUACUAAAAUAGUUUACAUUAAAAUGCGUUAUUUAAAUUUAUUAAACAAAUAGGAAACUUGCCGAGUUAUUUUAAACGAUAUUGUAAAAAAUAAGUCAUGACUUCUGAGGACAAAAAAGAGCACAUUCAAGAAUUCAAACUUGAUCCUGACUCUGAGCUGAGAUUUGAAGUUGAAUCAAAAGGUGAAAAGGCUUAUGUUACUUUGAAAUCUGGACUUGCCGAAAUUUUCGGUACAGAGCUAGUAAAAGGAAAGCAGUAUGAGUUCUUAGCUGGAGCGAAAGUGGCAGUAUUUACAUGGAAGGGUUGUUGUCUCGAACUAAAAGGAAAGACAGAUGUAACCUAUGUAGCAAAAGAAACUCCCAUGGUGAUAUAUUGUAACUGUCACGCUGCCCUAGAAUUAAUGAGAAUUGAGGCAGAAAGAGAAAAUAAGAAAGGUCCAAUAACUUUGGUGGUGGGACCAUGUGAUGUUGGAAAAUCUACUCUUUGUCAGAUACUUUUAAACUAUGCAGUUCGAAUGGGAAGAAGGCCUUUAUUUGUAGAUUUAGAUGUAGGCCAAGGACAAAUAUCCAUUCCUGGAACCAUUGGUGCCCUUUUAAUUGAAAGACCUGCUUCCUUAGAUGAGGGGUUUUCACAGGAGGCUCCAUUAGUUUAUCAGUAUGGACACAAAACACCAUCCACCAAUUCUACUUUAUUUAGUAUGGUAGCAAAUCAGUUGGCAUGUGUUGUUAAAGAAAGAUUGGAAUCCAAUAAAAAGACAAAAGCCUCAGGUGUGAUAAUUAACACAUGUGGAUGGAUUAAAGGUGGUGGCUAUAAACAAUUAAUUAAUCAUGCAAAAUCUUUUGAAGUAGACGUGAUAUUAGUUUUGGACCAAGAAAGGCUGUACAAUGAACUUGUCAGAGAUUUGCCAUCAUUUGUCAAAAUCGUAUUUAUUCCUAAAAGUGGAGGGGUAGUUGAACGAUCAAAAAACUCCAGAAGCGAAGCUAGAGACCAAAGAAUAAGAGAAUAUUUUUAUGGUACUCCCAAAAACCCACUGUACCCUCAUACGUUCGAAUUAAAGUUGUCUGACGUUAAAAUCUUUAAAAUUGGGGCCCCCCCCUUGCCUGACUCUUGUUUGCCAUUAGGAAUGAAAGCCGAAGAUCAUCUAACUAAAAUUGUACCGAUUACACCAAAUGCAGCAAUUCUUCAUCAUAUUUUGGCAGUUAGUUAUGCCAAAAAAGAGGAAGAUGACUUGCUACUGUCUCAUGUAGCUGGAUUUGUGUGUGUUACAAAUAUUGAUAUGGAAAGGCAAACACUGUCAGUUUUAUCUCCUCAACCGAAGCCAUUACCAAAUAAUAUUCUUUUACUUUCAGAAUUUCAAUUUAUGGAUAGUCAUUAAGAUAAAAUGAACAACACAACGUUUUAUAUGUAAGAAUAAUGCAAAUUAUUUUCUUCAAUAAAAGUUUUGUAAAAGUG